ACCACCGAAAAGGAGGCUGCCAGAUUCUUCGACAGCUCACAGCUUAAAUUAAAAACGUUUUCGUUCCUUUCGGGAAACUUCGGUACUUAUCGUCGGGUCAACCCGUUGCCACGGACACAGAGACGCUUCAAUCUGAUCCUACGAUAACCCAAUAUGACCCCGACAUAUCCAGGGGGUAAACAUGAAAGUCAAGCUCGAAACGAUUCGGGAAAGGGCAUUGAAAAGAAAUGACCUUCGUGUAAUCAUGUGACACUUCUAUACAACCUGUGUGUAGAGAGAGAUACUAGGAUGACAGGUGCGCGUACUUUUACCCGAUUAUUGCACGUGAUAUAUGCAAAGUAACCCAUCACCGAUGAUGACGAUGCUGACAGUUUUACGUGGACAUUAUGGAAGGAUGCAAUGGGAAAUGACUUAUCGAUCGACAGGUGAAUAGUUUUGAUUGAACAGAUUGAUUGAAGGAGAUGCAAAACUCAGUGACAGGUGGGAGGAGAAUUUGUUGACAUGCAUGGAAGACGAGAAACUUGGGCGUUUGUAAUUGGGUACUAUACGUCUUGUGUCAAGUUCAAAGCAUAUUUUGUUUGUGGUAAAAUAACCAUCCAGUUGAUGAAGACAGUUCUUGGACGAGAAUGGGAAGGAUAAAUGUGAGGAUGAGAUUUAGGGGAGAUUAACACCUUCUGCAUAGGUCAUUAAUAGGGUGAGCGAGAAAGAAGAAGAAGACGAUGAUGAUUUAUUAUUCCAUAACCGACAUUGAGUUUUCAUGAUUUCGAUGGGAGGAGAUCUGUUCCUGAAGGUUGUGUUGCCACCUACUCAUGAAUAACUUGAAUUCAAGAAGAGACUUCGCCUUUCCUUUGUGGAUAAUGAUGACAACGCUCAACAACGCUCUGCUCAACAACAUUGCAACUGUUUCUAAACCAACUGAAAGACUAUAUAAUAUAGACUUCGCACUGUGACAAUUGGAUAAAAAUGAAAUUUCCAUGCUAACAAAGCAAUUCGUCAAUCUCGUGAGGUUGCCGUGGAAACCGAAGGGUAGGAUUUGCUGAUUCCACAUGACAAGUCGAUGAUCUUUGAACAAUUUAUUGAUUUGAUAAUAGAGGGUUGGGCAUUAAUUGUAUGCAGGUGUGGAUAUAUCUGAUGUAUUGACAUAUCUGCACAUUGAUCUCAGUUAUUUUCACAUCCCAAUCGGCACUUCGUUGCUCAACCGUGUUCAUUGACCACGAUCUCCAAGAGGAGGAUGACCAGCGACCAUGGAGAAGAUCCUCAGCUUAAACUUCUCCUUCUUUCUCAACGACUGACCUCUUUAAAACGACAACGAGAGUACAACCUGAAGGACUUUGCUGUGGAAGAUGAGGCCGUGAACGACAUGGAUGCCAAUAUUGAUAAAGGGUUUAGUGAGGAGGGGAAAGAACAAUCGGACGUUGAUGAAUUUCUAUCUAAGCGAUUCGUUGACGAGACAGACGAUGAAACUUAUAGUGAGAAAGAGAAUGAAGAUGAACUGGACGAGAAAUACGUCGAAAGCGAUGACGACCUCAUAGCACCGUGGUCAUUAAUCCAUGAUCUUGAAUCGUAUGAAGGUGAAAGUGAAAACAACGACGUCGAAGAAGAUAGCAAUGGGUUAAGUCAUGUUGCCUUCUCGAAGCACCUAAUGAUUGACAAACCUGAAGCAGAAUGUGGCAAGACUGGGGUCGGAUUCAGUCGUCUUGCCGACUACUAUCGUUAUCCUGAAUUCCUACAUAAAAUUGACAGGACCAAAAACAUUGAUAGGGACAAUGAAAACGACGGUGAUUGUACCAAAGGAAGCGAAAAUGACGACGAAGAAGCGACAGGUAUGAAACGCCAUGAUCCAUCUGAUGAGAGCUCGCAACUACCCUCAAGAAAAUCGGCGUCGAACAGGAAAUCGGCGAGGAAGUCGGGUUUGAAGAAAAAAAUCAGGCAAACUCUGUCUGGUAGGUUGUUGGAUAUUUCGGAUGACGUCGCUGUAUCUUCAGACGCGAUGAUCAGAAUGGAUACCCUCUUCCAUCAAUGUGUUUGCGCGUUUCCAUGGAGAUGCGAACAUUCUAUGCUCGCUCAGAAAACGGACGUUUAUCUCAACGAGGAUAAGAUGAAGAAAAUCUCGCGUUGUGGACAUGGUGGAAGCAUGGUCCAUGGUGGAAGCGAGAUAGAAAGUCGGUUAUCUGGGCGUGGCGAUUAUCUGACGGGGUGGGGCCUAUCUAAGAAUGGAGCGGGUCAGUACGGAUACGGAGGAGGUGGAAGAAAAGUUUCAUCCGCCAAGGAAUCGAACAGAAAGAGGAAGUAUGACCCAUUCAUUCACCGAAAUAUCAGUGACAGUUCAAAAUAUACAUUCAAGCAUUACCAAGACUGGCAGGCUUAUGUUGAUGAGUACCGUCGAUAUUACAGUGUAGGACAGACAGGAAGGGCGAUGAAGUCACAUCAGAUUCCCGAAGGUGGUGGUCGUCGUGAAGCCGUCGUGAUCGUAAGAACACUGUCCGAGAGCUUGAUCCGACCACGGAUACAGGAAUGUAACAUUCCUAAUUGGGAUGAUUUUACGGACCUGAGCACCACGCCAAUGCGACCACUCCACAUUGGCCCAGGAUAUAGGUCAGGCAAGGUACCAGACCUAGGUGUCACGUGGUUAGCUGCAGCUACGGCCCACCAUCACGAGGUCCCUGCAGACUAUCGGCAUCCUGCCAGCAGGCACAUCAAGUUGUCCAAUAUCCGUCAAGCUGAUGCUAUGACUACGCAUAUCAAAAAGCGCCACCAACAGACUCUGCUAGAAAGCAGCUCGUCGACACCCAGGGUGGGAACCAUCCUCCCUCACGACGCCGGCAUGACUAUCCCUAUGGAACCUCUCCACAUUGUCGAAGACUUUCGAAAGGGUCCUCGGAAGGAACGACUUACUGCCGACAUGCAACCGAUCGGGUGUCGAUUUCUGGCGAGUUGGCGUCCGAACGAGAGCACCCGUGUGAGGAGCGCCAAAACGCGAUCGAGGAAGAAUAAGUCAUCCGACGGCAUACAGACAGAUGAGGGCUCAUCACCUCAUGGCCAGAUGUACAGUAAACAGAGCGGGAAACAGAGUUCCUUGCAGCCGUUGAGCAAAGGGCAAAGUCAAACUCGAGCGGGAUUUCUAAAGUUGUUCACACCUCCAAAAGGACUUGAUGUCUUUCAUGUUCCGUCAGGAUCUGAUGACACAGGCCAAGUGAACGACACUACCAGAAUAUCAACAAGUGAAAUCAAAGUCAAAGGUAAAUCAUCGCCUGCUUCUACAAAAUGGACAAACAUGUCGAAUUCUGCAGGAGACAAACGUUCUAGGUCAGAUUCGCAUGACAAUUCAGCCUCGGGUAAACGCUCGGCCACCAAAUCGGGAACACUUGCCAGGAGACCUACCGCAAGGCUUAAUAACGAACCACAGACUCCUCAGAAGGAGCUCCUGCACGUGAGAGGGGAAAGCAAGAAGAACAAACAGCAAGACGUCCAGUCAAGGGAUGACAAAAUCACGGAGACGCAAUCAAGUUCCAAAGAAGAUAUUGGAGUAUUUGCCAAGACGAGAAUCAAACUUGUUGCUCCUUUCGCUCAACCACUAACCCAAGACAACGUGUUGAUUGGAAGUCCAUACAUGACGACUAGUCCUCAUUUUGGAAGCGAGGAACUAUCCGUUACUGUCCAAUCAACUGGUUGACCUGCUCACUAAACUGUCAUAUAACAAGAUAGCCCUCGAACGCGACUCAACAUUCUCCAAACUGAAUACAAGAAACUAAAUUUUUGAUAUCCGUCCAGGUUUUAAUUGUACAGCAUUACAUUCUUUGUAAAGACGUCGAUCUGCAAUUUGACAUUAGGGAGUUUUAUUCCCCCCCCCCCCCCCGGUGCCCCCUGAAAAAAUUGGCGGAGCAAAAAAAAUGAAGGAAAAAAAAGGAGAAAGAAGAAAAGAAAAAGACGGAGAAAGACAGAAAAGAAAAAAGAAGAGGAAGACGAGUAAAUAAAAUGAUGUGAGUGGAAGUCUUGCAAAAAACACACAAAUCGUUCAUGAUACUAUAUAAAAAAAUUUGCUUGCGCUUCGCGCCCGAAUUGCCUGUUCGAUGAGAUUCAUAUCUUGCUCAAUAGGCUGAUAUGGGGCUUAAAAUGUCAAGUUUUGAAGUCAAUAUACAAAACAUAUUUCAGCUCGGACAUCGAGCUUUCAUUAUUUUUUUCAUUUACAAAUUUGAGUGCUCUGUAAAAUAUCCGUUUUAUGGUCUACAUAUCAACAUUUUAAGCUCACACUGCUUGGUCGCAUUAUUUGAUUUGCCAAGUUCCUAUUGUCUUCGUGUAUUCCAUAAAAUUCUCAAAAUAUCAAUUUUCAGAUAUGAUUGUCAAACGUAGGCCAAUAAGUUGGCGCUUCACGCUUGCAUUAUUAAUGAUACCCAAUUAACCGUAUCCUAUUCAUGAUUUACAAAAUAUGAAUAGUGUCCCGCUUUUAGGUCUAAAAUCUCAAUUUUCUUCCUCUCGCGCUUCGCGCUCGCAUCAAUUGCUUAGUUACAUACCUAUCCCAUUUAUGAUUACAAAAAGUGCUUAUAGAAUGACCAUUUUUUAGAUCGGAAUGUCAACAAUUUUAGCACGCGCUUCGCGCUCCCAUUAUUGAAAUAUGUACCGUCUUCGUGGGUAACUGUAAACAGUCCUUAACAUGUCUCUUUUCGAUCAUGCUAGAACGUUUAUUAAAAAUUUCUGCUCGCGCUUGGCAUUCGCAGUAAUUAUCUAGUUGCAUAGGCAUCUUGUUCAGGAUCACAAACAUUGCCCAGAAUGUUAAAUUUUCAGGACAAAAUACAUAAAAGUUUUUUUUAAAUUUCUCGCGCUUCGCGCUCGCACUUUUUUACAUAGGACUUAUGAGAUUAGUUCAUAUUUAUGUUGUUUAUAAGAAUAAAGCUAAGAAGUGACUGAUUGGGGAAAAUAUAGGUGAAGAUAAUUUCGGGCCCCGUCCCCUAUUGGCGAAUGUCGGAUCCGCCAUUGCCCCUCCCCCCCCCCCCCAGGAAAAGAUCCUAUAUAUACGCCACUGAUGCCCAGAGGAUGCAGAUACGAUACAGCGGACGUUUAACGGAUGAUAAUGGACAUGAAACGUUUGUUGCUCGUAUAUUAUGUUGUAGAUUUACAUCACGUACCCGGCGGAAAGUUCAUCCGGUCUUAAAGUUUUGUGCAGCUCAAAACCAUAUAGAGAUGGAUGCUCGAUGGAUCCCUGGAUAGAGCGUAUGAAGCACGUACAGAAUACAAUGAGUACACAACGGAUGCACAGCAUUUUCCAACGGAUGACACGACCCCCCCCCUCCCAUUUUACAUCCUCUUUGCAUCCGUGAUGGCAGUGGGACCGGGCCUUAAAGGGAUGGUCCAGGCUGACAAUAUUUAUAUCUCAAUAAAUAGAGUUAAAAUUCAUAACGCAAUAUGCUGAAAAUUUGAUCAAAAUCGGAUAACGAAGUUAUUGAAUUUUAAAGAUUUGCAUUAUUCUGGGCAUGUCUUCAUGAAUAUUCAUAACUUGUUCUUUUGUAUUUUAUUAUAUGAAAUUAGGUUUAUUCGAAAUUUGUCUAUAUACCAAGAACUAAAACAAAAACAAGAUUGACACCUGAUUAAGUGCAUUAGUUAUUUAUUGCUGCAACUUAUUUCAUCAUAAAGGAGACACAUCAUUUACACAUUUAUGAAAUAAUGAAACAAUUAUGAUUUUAUGUAUUAACAUAAGAAAAAGGAAAGUGGGGAUGUGACAUCAUUAGCCCACCUAAUGAAUAUUUAUGAAGACAUGCCUAGAACUGUUUCACCGGAAAAAUACAAAUCUUUCAAAUUCAUUAACUUUGUUAUCCGAUUUUGAUCAAAUUUUCAGCGUUUUGCUUUGUGAAUUUUACUCUAUUUAUUCCGAUACAAAUAUCUUCAGCCCGAAGUAUAUAACUGGCUUCCUCCCCUUCACCUCCGCAUUGUAUCAUGAUUAGAAACCACCCUUCCAUUCCGUGCUGAUGACUAUUCUACGUUCUUAUAGUGAGAAAUAUAUUUGUCUAAAUUUGUACAUCUCUAUUACAUGAGUUGUGAAGAGAAACCGCUGAAGAUACUGGUUAUUUUCGUUUGCUUGUCUUUUUAUAGAGCAAAUGCUUGUAUUUGUUUAUCU